UCAGUUCGAACAACUGUAAUUUAACCUUAAUCUGUACAAAUUUAAAAUCUAAAAGAAAAGUAGAUAAUUUAAUAUGAAUCUGGUGAUUUGUAUACUUCAGCGAUUCAAUUAUGACAAUUCAUCAAUUAAAUAUGAAAUUUGAUUGCAUGUAACGGUGUAAUUAUGAGUAUCCUUUUCUAUCAUUGUCCACUUUCAAGAUCAUCAAGGGGUGCUCUACUGGCUGCCCGAGCUAUUGGUGUUAAUGUAACAAUUGAAGAAGUGGAUCUACUCGCUAAAGAGCAGUUAAAACCUGAAUUUAUUAAGGUCAAUCCUCAACAUACUGUUCCUACUUUGGUGGACAGAGAUUUUGUAUUAUGCGAAAGCUGGGCUAUAGCAACAUAUCUUGUACAAGCUUAUGGCAAGGAUGAUAAUCUGUAUCCAAAAGAUCCUCAAAAAAGAGCAGUAGUAAAUCAAAUGCUUUACUUUGAUUGUACAACAUUAACUCCUCGUAUCAAUCAAAUCACUCAUCCCAUAUUGUUUUCAGGGCAAGACGAAGUUUAUGAUGAACAUAAGAUACCACUAGAGGAAGCUUUAGGGUUUCUAGAUAUUUUCUUGGAUGAAAAGAAUUUUGUUACCGGAAAAACACUUACAAUUGCCGAUUGCUUUCUAAUUGCCUCAAUUUCUACCAUUGCAGCCAUAGGCUGGGAUAUAACACCAUAUGGGAACAUUAAUUCUUGGUUUGCAAGAUGCAGUUUGGAAAUUCCAGGAUAUCAUGAAGUAAACCAGGAGGGAGCAGAGAAGUAUGGGAAGCUGAUAAAAAGUAAAUUAGCCUCAGGCAAAUUAUGAAAAUUUUAUAUAUAUUAUUUCCAGCUUCUGAUAUUUUUC